CCGAGGCUUCUGGGAGAGGGGCGUAGAAAGGAGGCCAUAUUGUACAGUUAAAUUGAAAGAAAAGUAAAAAAAAAACAAUUUAUUGUAUUGCAAUCGUGAUAGUCGUGUAAAAUCAUUGUAACCCACGGCAUUAACCACCAGUCGUGCUGGUGCACGUUAUUUUUGUACCACUCAAUAUCCAUUGCUAUCAAUCCCGAACUUCCACCAAAAAGAAAAUAAUUCAGUGAAGGAACAAAGUGUUUGUAGACCUGAAGAAAGAAGACAGAGACAGACCUAUCACAAGAAAGAGGAGAAAAAAUCUCAGAGCGGACGUUGGUGUUGGAGAAGUUGACAACGAAAGAAGGAGAGAAAUAGUCGAGGAAAAUAAGGGGAGUGAGAACGACACUGAGUGGCCAAAAAAGUUUUCUUUCUCCUUCACAAGACCACAAGCCACACACCCAGGAUUUUAAUUGUACAUAAGCUGUAAAAUCCAUUCAGGCAAAAUCUGGUCAUUAUUUUUCUUCAUUCGUCAUCAGUCGAGAGCUUGUUUUCACCAGUGACAAGAGAUGGGCACUCGAGACGACGAGUACGAUUAUUUAUUUAAAGUGGUCCUCAUUGGAGACUCCGGUGUAGGUAAGAGUAAUCUAUUGUCGAGAUUCACUCGCAAUGAAUUCAAUUUGGAGUCCAAGUCUACCAUUGGGGUGGAAUUUGCAACGCGCAGCAUACAGGUAGAUGGAAAAACAAUUAAGGCUCAGAUAUGGGAUACUGCUGGACAAGAGCGUUAUCGAGCCAUUACCUCUGCAUAUUAUCGAGGAGCUGUUGGUGCCCUGUUGGUCUACGAUAUAGCAAAACACUUGACGUAUGAGAAUGUAGAACGAUGGCUGAGAGAAUUGCGAGAUCAUGCCGAUCAAAAUAUUGUAAUCAUGCUCGUCGGUAACAAAUCCGACCUGAGGCAUCUUCGUGCAGUGCCAACUGACGAGGCCAAAGCAUUCGCCGAAAAGAAUGGCCUCUCAUUCAUUGAGACAUCGGCACUUGACUCCACCAACGUUGAGACGGCCUUCCAAAAUAUACUAACUGAGAUUUACAGAAUCGUGUCGCAGAAACAGAUAAGAGACCCCCCGGAGGGCGAUACAAUCAGGGCACAAAAUGUUGAACCCAUCGAUGUUAAACCAACAAUGAGCUCCGAUGGAAUGCGCAAGCAAUGCUGCCAGUGACUCGCCGCACUGCUUACCACAAGCAGUAAAAUGGGGGGAGAUUACAAGAAAGUGAUGGCUGGUGAUAGAUACUGCAGGUGCGUAACAGUACGAGAACUAAGACUAUGUGUGCGGGCCUGUACUCUCGUAUACUAGGAGGAUUCAGUUUUAUUUUUGUUUAAUUAAAUAAUUUUUCUUCGCCUGAAUUACAAACAUCCGGGGGAUGGCUGCGGACUUGUCGGUAAAAUGAGGACACGAAACACCCAAAAAAAAAAUUUCAAUCAAGAAAUUGAAAUCAUUAAAUUCAUGGACACAUUCCCAAAAAAAAAAAAAAAAUCAUGCAAAACAACUACCGCAUAAGUCGGCAUUCUCGAUUUAAAUAAUAAUAGUAAUGCGAUCCCAGAAGAUCACUUGUUAACACGUACUUUCACCCAGUGUCCAUAGAUCUAUUAAUGAUUAAUAAUGUUUUUAAUACCCUCGCAUUCUCCCCAGAACUCUCAACAUUAUGUGCAUGAGUAUGUAAACGGGAAAUUAAAUCACGUGUACAUACUGCAUGCAUGCAGACUCACACACAUAGAACACAGCAAGCGUACACGACAUCCAACAUGAAGUAUAGACGAGGGGGAAAGAUUGAUAAAAGUAAACACAGAAAAUACACAAACACAUGAAUAUAUUACGUUAUGGUAAUUAAAUGUUGUAUUACCGCUUCUUUGGAAUACAUAUACCAUUAUUCUUCUCUACGCAUAGUGUGACCGUGACUUAUAUAAGCAAAUUUGUAAUAAUAUAUUUACGGAAUUAAAGAAAAAAAAAACACAAUUGGAAUAAAUAAAAAUGAAGGCGGCCGUCAGCAAAAAAUUGCAUACAAUGAACGAGUAAUAGUUGUGGAGGAGGAUAAUACUGAAAUAUGAAGAAAUAAUUGAAGUAAUAAAUGUGUAUAUUGCAGGAAGUAAUAGAAAACAAACGAAGUGGGUUUGAAAAAUGGUAAAUUUCACUAAUUAAAUAAACUCUAAAUGACGUGAACAAAAAAAAAAACCCGACCGUGUUGCUCAUUGUCCGUCGCGCUCUCACGUAGUUUGUUUUUUAAAAAAAUUGAUAAAAAUUGAAAAAAAAAAACAUUAAAGAUACUUCGUAUAUGUUAUAGGCACCAUGCUAUCGUGCUUUUGAAUCACAUUGUUUUUAUUACGAGAGGCUUUUCUUGUCAAGAGCUGUGCGAAAGUGUCACGAGUAUGGAAAAGAUAAAAUUAAUAAUAAAUGAUGAAAAAAUAAA